AAUUUUGCCCACACAAAGUUGUUUCCAAAAUCUCGUGAAAAGAGGUUAGUUUUGGUUUAAUCAUAGCCAUUUGCUAAGCUUUCUACCUAUUUCUAUUCUUUUUUCUUCACACCAAACAUCCCAAACCCAGAAUCAAAAUCAACCAAAGCAAGGAGAAGAAGAUGCUAAGAAUAACAAUUAAGAUACCCAAAUAACAUUGGGUUUCUUUUUUGUUUCUCGUUUUCUGGAAAUUUGUAUUUGACGCCAAUCGAAUACAAACAAGCAUACAGAGACAGAAAUGGGAGCUUACAGGGCUGAUGAUGAUUACGAUUACUUGUUUAAGGUUGUCUUGAUCGGUGAUUCCGGGGUCGGGAAAUCCAACCUUUUGUCUAGAUUUACGAAGAACGAGUUUAGCUCCGAAUCGAAAUCGACCAUUGGCGUUGAGUUCGCAACUCGUAGCAUUCAUGUUGAUGAUAAGGUCGUUAAAGCUCAAAUCUGGGACACUGCUGGGCAAGAAAGAUAUCGUGCAAUUACCAGUGCAUAUUAUCGAGGUGCCGUUGGGGCUCUACUAGUCUACGAUGUUACCCGUCGCGUUACAUUUGAGAACGUACAGAGGUGGCUUAAGGAACUCCGAGACCAUACCGAUCCCAACAUCGUCAUUAUGUUAGUCGGGAACAAGGCUGACCUGCGUCAUUUGCGAGCCGUCCAGGCUGAUGAUGCCAAAGCUUUCGCGGAACGGGAGAACACCUUUUUCAUGGAAACAUCUGCACUCGAGGCUAUGAAUGUCGAGAAUGCUUUCACUGAAGUGUUGGCUCAAAUUUAUCGUGUUGUAAGCAGGAAAGCUCUUGAUAUCGGAGAUGAUCCAGCAGCUUUACCUAAAGGUCGGACGAUUAAUGUCGGAGGUAAAGACGAGGUAUCAGCUGUGAAAGGAGCUGGAUGUUGCUCGUCUUGAUUACGGAGACGUAGUCUUCAAGAUGAUUCAUAUUUUGAA